CCAACCCUGGACAGAGCUGGCACCCCGCGGCAAUAAAAAGGCGAGGGAGCCCUGCGAGGAGCACAGCCGCUCAUCCACCUGCUGCAGAGAUGGUGCCGACGACCUCCCUCCUGCUGCUGCUCGGCCUGGCCCUGCUGGCCCCCGGCCUCUCUGCUGAGAAGUGCGUGCUGACCGGGCUCUGGAUCAACGACCUGGGCUCCAACAUGACCAUCGGGGCUGUGAACAACAAUGGUGAGUUCACCGGCACCUACCACACGGCUGUGACGGCCACGACAAAAGAGAUCAAAAUAUCACCGCUCAGGGGAAACCAGCACAGCAGCAACCAGAAGAGCCAGCCCACCUUCGGCUUCACCGUCAAGUGGAGCUUUUCAGACUCCACCACCGUCUUCACGGGCCAGUGCUUCGUGGAUGAGCACGGCAAGGAGAUCCUGAAGACCAUGUGGCUCCUGCGGUCACACGUCAACAGCAUCGAUGACGACUGGAAAGCCACCAGGGUCGGCAUCAACACCUUCACCCGCCUGCGCAAGCGCUGGGAGUGAGGGUGGCCCCGUGGGGUCCCAGGCCAGUGUCGGUGCUGGGCUGCAGACCCAGCUCCUUCCUCUUCCUUUGCUCCCAAUAAAGCUUUGCUGCAAAACA